CGAUUCAAGAAAAUGCAUCUCACGGCCGACGACUGCGAAGCUCUCGCCCGCAGCGCGGAAGGUUCAUCAUCCUUGACGCAACCGUUGAGUCAAAGUAGAGGCAAUGGAAACAGGGGACUCUACCCCACCCACCGGACAAGGAGACGUCCAGGAGGCCAAGGUCAGCAGAAGAACAUCACCGAUUACUUCAAGAUCUCUCAGACACAACAAGUAGGUGCUGGUGGGACGAAGAGUCGAAUGAAAGAAGAGGUGCUGGAUCCCAUCUUCAGUGAACCUGAUGAUUCCCUCAGCAGUGCCUCCACUGAGAUGGAGAUGAGCGGUGAUUCCUGGUCCUUGCUGGAGGAUGAGGACUUUCUACCAGCUUCCAGGAUAAGCUCCAAAAAGCAGCCUCUGUCCGCUGCAGCUGUGGGCGUUCACAAGCCAGAGCACGAUUUGUGGGGUGAGCCUGAGACGAAACCAGCGGUGGUUCACCCAGAACUCAGCCAGAUCAAGCAGGAACUUGAUGAUAUGGAAAUCGAACCAGUCCCUGAUGCACACUACGGACUCCUGGGGACUCGGAACUGGGAAGUGCCUCGGGGAAGUAUCGAUGAGCUGCCCGUUGAAGUCCUAAGGCACAUCUUUGCUUUCCUACCAGUGAUGGAUCUGUAUCAGAACCUCAGCCUGGUGUGUCGCUGCUGGAGGGAGAUAGUCACUGAUCCGCUGUUCAUUCCUUGGAAGAAGCUUUACCAUCAGUACCUAAUGAAGGAGGACACGGCCCUGCGCCACGUCGAACAGGUCUUGCAGGAUUUCACCAUCACCAAAGAGCAGGAAGGAUGUGUGCUGGGGCUGAUCAGGUGCGUGUCUGCCAUCCGCACCGGACGGAAGGUGGAUCCCGGCGCGGUUCUGCGGUGUUUGAGGAGUCAUCACCUCUUCUCAAAGGCUGAAGUCUGCGUCGCCAACAAACUGCCGCAUUUACAGAGCAGGACAGGGCCUGAGAACAUGUGGGCCAUCAUCGCCGUCAUGGUGCUUUUUUCCGAUGGCGUCAGCGACAUCCAAAACCUGAUGGCGUGUCUACAGAGACCCUGCUCUACCCUCUCCAUGGUGGAGGUGACCGAGAUGCUUUACUGCAUGGCCACGCUGCUGUUCGCGAUGAGGGACAGGAACAUCGCCAUCACCAACAGGUGA